GUUUUGUGAUUUCUCAGCAAAAUUAAAUUAGAAUAUUGGUAAAAAUGAGUGAAAAUAAGAAUAGCCCGAUUCCUGAUGAUAAAAUGAUGGCUUAUUUGUACGACGACGUUGACGACGCUGAUAUUUUCGGCUUUGGUGAUACUGGAGAAGAAGAAGGUACCAGAACCAAUGAUGAUUAUGGAGAUACACCCGACAACAACAGACUUGAUUUUAAAUCUUUAGAAAUCAUAAACGAGAACCAAAUUUUAAAAGAAACAAUUCAAAGGCUUAGGCUACAAAAUGAUACGCUGGAUCAAAGAAUUUCAGAAGUCUAUAAAACUGCCAAGCGCGAAAUAGAAAGAAAAGAUAAGAGAAUUCAAGAAUUGCAAGACGAGACAAAUAAUAUUCUGUUUAGGAGGAACUACAACCGAUUUAGCGGCCAAAUUAAACCUCAAAAAUUUUUCACAAAUGAAGAUUUCCAACAGUUCAGAACUGACUAUAAAAUUCCUAAAAAGAAUGCUGAUUGUUCAAAUGAAUCUGAGCAGAAAUGGAGUAAAUCAAACGUAUUGGAUGAUAGAGAUAGUCUUUCUCCACCAAGACAAAAAAAAACUGUACAAGAGAAUGAGAAUCAUCAGGAUAAAAGCGGAAAAUAUCCCACAAAUCCAUCAAAAAAUAAAAGGUACCAAGAUAGAGGAUCACCGCCAAGAUUCAAAGCAGAUAAUAUUGAUAACCAAGAUGAUCCAAAAUUACCUUAUACACGCAGAAGUCGCUCUAACACUCCGUCAAGACGAAAUAGAACUUCCGCUGAAGUUCGACAUAGAUCUUCUUCAAGAAGUCCACGCAGAUACAAGAAUUACCAAGAUAGAUCUAGAACACGUAAAAUAUCAGCAAGAAGUCCUUCAAGGAAUAAAUCUAGGUCUAAAUCGGCUGCUGGAAACAGAGUUGCAGCAGAUCCUAGAGACAUUGAUAAGAAAAGGGUGUACCCCAACACACCAUCAACAAAAAAUAGAUCAUCUUCAAAAAGUCCAGAUCGAGGUCCCGAUAGACAGAAGAAUAAUCAAUCACCUAAAAUAACAACAAGAAGUCCGAUGAGACAGAAAUCAAGGUCUACAUCAAUUGAAAACAGCACUGAAGCAGCUCAAAAAGUAACUAACAGAGAAAGGGAGCCCAACUCUCCAUCCAAAGAACAUAGAUUAUCAUCACGAAGUCCACAAAGAUACAAGAAUUACCAAGAUAGAUCUAGAAAACGUAAAAUGUCAGCAAGAAGUCCUUCAAGAAAUAAAUCUAGGUCUAAAUCGGCUGGAUAUAGAGUUGAAGCAGAUACUAGAGACAAUGAUAAGAAGAGGGUGUACCCCAACACACCAUCAAGAAAAAAAUCAAUUAUCACUGGAACAGAACAUAGAUCAUCUUCAAGAAGUCCAGAUAGACAGUUGAAUAAUCAAUCACCUAAAAUAACAACAAGAAGUCCGUUGAGACAGAAGUCAAGGUCUACAUCAGUUGAAAAUAGCACUGAAGCAGCUCACAAAAAAACUAACAGAGAAAGAGAGUGCAACUCUCCAUUAAAACAACAUAGAUCAUCAUCACGAAGUCCACAAAGACACAAGAAUUACCAAGAUAGAUCUAGAAAACGUAAAAUAUCAGCAAAAAGUCCUUUAAGGAAUAAAUCUAGGUCUAAAUCGGCUGGAAACAUAGUAGAAGCAGAUCCUAGAGACAUUGAUAAGAAAAGGAUGUACCAUAACACACCAUCAAGAAAAAAUUCAAUUGUCACUGGAACAGAACAAAGAUCAUCUUCAAGAAGUCCACAUAGACAGAAGAAUAAUCAAUCACCUAGCCAACCUAAAACAACAAGAAGUCCGUUGAGACAGAAAUCAAGAUCUACAUCAGUUGAAAAGCGCACUGAAGCAGCUCGCAAAGUAACUAACAGAGAAAGACAGCGCUACUCUCCAUUGAAAGAACAUAGAUCAUCACGAAGUCCACAAAGACACGAGAAGUACCAAGAUAGGCCAAGCAAACCUAAACCACCACGGCGAAGUCCUAUGAGACACAAAUCACGAUCAGUUGAAGCAGAUCAAAAAGCCACUAAAAGGGGAAGAGAGCGAUCCAACUCUCCAUCAAGAGAACAUGGAUCAUCUUCAAGAAGUUCACAAAGAUACAGGAACUGUCAAGAGAGGCCUAGACAACCUAAACCACCACCAGGAAGUCCAAGGAGAAAAAAAUCGAGAUCUGCAUCAGCUGAAAACCAAGGUGAUGCUUGUAAAAGGGAAGAACAUCAAGAAAAACAUAAUAGGUUUGAGUCACCAUCUACAAGAAAACCAGUUGUUGUUGAUCAGUAUAAACAAAAGCGACCACCAAGAACGCCUCCAGGAAGUCCAUCAAGUACAAAAAGACGAAGAACACCGUCUCCUAGAAGAAAUACUGACAAAAGGCGUCAAUCUAGGCCUUCUGAAAGAGCUACUAGAGGGCGCAGUAUCGAACGUAGAUUAGGAUGGAGAGGUAGAAGAGGUAUUUAUAGAGGACUUCAUAACGAUUCUGUGUCUUUAAGGAGGCCAACAGAUUAUAGGAGACGAAGUGAUUAUAGAAAACGAAAUAUAGAACAGUUUAGACGGAAAAUAAAACAACACAUCAUUGAAAGUAAUCUGGAAACAUCGAAAUUUGAUAAGCAGGAAAGGGACAAUAGUGGCGACGAAGACAUUUGUAAAAUGACUGAUGAAGACAUACUAAGACGUCUUCAAGAGAAACGAAAGGAAUUAAAUGGCAUUGAGGAGGGAGGGUUAAGAGAUGACGAUAAAAAUAUAAAUUUGCUAAAAAAUGCCAAGAAUAAUGAGAAGUGCAAGAAAUUUGAUAAAUCCAAAAAGGAAACUUACAAGGAUCUUCUAAAAGAAACACAGAACAUCAAGAAGCAGGCCCAGAAGGACAUGUUAGGAAUUAAAAAGCCAGAAAUAAACCCAAACGUGGAAACUAAACUUUUAGAAACCUUAAAGUCUCCAGAUGCUGAAGAUCCAAGACUAAAUCCAAGGUCUGGUGGUUCAAAAUCAGAAAUAAACCCAAAUGUGGAAACUAAACUUUUAGAAAUCCUAAAAUCUCCAGAUGCUGAAGAUCCAAGACUAAAUCCAAAUUCUUGUGGUUCAAAAACAGAAAUAAACCCAAAUGUGGAAACUAAACUUUUAGAAACCCUAAAAUCUCCAGAUGCUGAAGAUCCAAGACUAAAUCCAAGUUUUUGUGAUUCGAAAUCAGAAAAACCUAGAGCUAGAAUUAAUUUUGAGGCGUACAAGAAAAGGAGGGAAGCAGAAGGUCGUGCUGAUUUGGCUAGAAUCGUCAUUUAUCAAGAAAUUGAUAUUGAAAAUCAUAAAAUAAGUAAAGACAGUAAUACAAUUAUUGCAGAAAUCCAAAAUAGAGAUUCUGAAGAAGACCCAUCAGACAAUAAUGACCACGAACCAGAAGAAAAAGAGGUUGAAACCCUAAUGGAAUCUGACUAUAAAUAUACCCCAGCUGUCGAUGAUGAAGAUGCUAAAUUGGACCUUCCUGAGGAAAAAAAUUCAUCAAGCAGUUUUUUAGAUGAUUUCAACAUAUCAGAAGAUGAUGAUAGGUUUGGAAGAAGUGACUGUUCUAUUGGAGAGUCUAAAAAAAAGCAGGCCCAGAAGGACAUAGAGAUAAAUGCAUUCAAAAUGCAUUCAAAGUUGGAAACUAAAGCUUUAGAAAUUAAAAAAUCUUUAGACACUGAUGAUAUGAAUUCAAAUGCAAUUGUUAAGAACUCUCGACCAGAAACAACUGAUGUUUCAAUCAAUUUUGAAACGUUCAACCAGCACAAGGGUGUGUCUUAUUUGGCUUCAGUUGAAAGUAAACCCGAAGUUGAUAUCACAGAUAAAAAAAUGAGCGAGGAACAUUGUAAAGACAAAACAAGUGAAAAAUCUGACCGAGAUGAAAUUGUUAGUUUGCCCAUUAUAGAUGUGAAAAAAUGCGAAGUAAAAAUCCCCAAGGUUAAUAUUUUGUCUAAUGUAGUGAUAACAGCAGGCAGUUCUCCACAAACCUCAACAAAAUCGACCACCGUGGAAAGCUCAGUUGAAAGUAUAGAAAGUAUUCAAAAGGCAGUUUUAAAUAGUGCUAUUCAGAAUAAAGCUCUCGAAAUUUUGGAAAUAAAGGACAAUAUUGAUAAAAAAUUAGACCAAAAUAAAAAAGAAUUGAUUAAUCAACUGUUUGGUGAAAUGACUCCUAGUCCAAGAAAACCCUCUCCAGAACCAAAAGUGAAGAAAACUUCAAGACAAGUCGAACAAGCUAAGAGACAAUUAAAAUUACAAGUAGACCCAGUAAAGACAAUAAAAAAAUCGCCCAGAAGCAGAAAGAAAGUUGAACUUAAACAACUUUUGAUGCAGUCCGAGAUUAUUGAGAAUGAAGAAGUGGAAACUCGAACUAUUGCAACUAAACUUGAGGAUCUUCAACCCCGUCUUCAACAUAACAAUCCAUCAUUUUUUCCCUCUCUUCCUGGUGAUAAUAAAGCCUUCGACACUCCUAAUACUUACAUAAAGAAAAAAAAUGAACAGAAAAGGAAGCCAGCUGCCAAGAAUAAUAAAAAGACAGAAAAACCAAAGGUUGAAGCUAAGAAGAGGGGAGUAUUUAGAAUAAAAUUACAAACUAGCAGAAAAAAAAAGAAAAUUCAGAAUUAUGAAACUUCUUCUUCUGAGCUUAGCAGUGAUUCUUACUCUGAUUGUCAAUCACCAGAACCAGAAAAUAAUAAGAAAUCAAAAAUGGAAACCAAGAAGAGGGUAACAAGAAAAAGCAAAACUGCCCAAGAAAAAAUUGAAGAAGUAGCGAAAAAGAAAACAACAAAUAAUAAUGCCAAAAGUGAUGUUAUAGGGAAUCAAGAAUUAGACAGUAACAUCAAAAUAGAGCCGGAAAAAAUCACUGAUGCUGACAAAUCUGAAGAUAUUCAAUAUACUGAAACGAAAACCAAUAAGAGAAGCAAAGCCAAAUCAGUAAAAGUUGAUGACAAUGUGAUAACAGAAGGCAAAUGUGAUAUAACUAAAGAUAAAUCUGACGACAAGGUUGAAUUGAUACCCAGUAUAAGAAACAGAUCAAAAUCAGUAAAACUUUGUAACAAUGUCAGGUUUGAAGCAAAAGUCACUGAUAUAAGCGAUGAUAAAUCUAAAAACAUUGAAAAUAAUCAAGUACAAAGGAAUAGAUUCGGAGUCAAAUUAUUGAAAGCUGCUGAUAAUGUAAUUGCUGAAGAAAAAUGCAAAGAAGAUGAGAAAUGCGAUAGCAGUGAGAAUUCAGAAGUAAACACCAAUAAAAGGGAUCAAACUGUGAUAACUGAAGAAACAAAGAUCAAUAAAAGAAACAGAGCCAAACUAGUAAAAGUUUUUAAGACUAUGGAAAAAUCCCCAGAUAAUAAUAAAGAUAUUCCAAUUAAUCAAACAAUAGCUAAUAAAAAAAUCCAAGCCAAACCAGUAGAAGUUAGUGAUAUUACUAAAAUCGAUGAAAAAAUCACAGAUCGUAAUGAAGAUAAAUCUGAAAACAGUAAAAAUACCAAAACAAACGCCGAUAAAAAAAGAAGUGCCAAAGCAGCUAAAGUUGAAGUUAUUAAAUUUGAAGAAAAAACGGAAAAUCUUCAAAAUACUGAAACAAAUACAAAAUUUCAAGCAAAAGCUGAUAAUACUCCCAAAAUUGAAGAAAAAAUCAGUGAUUUUAGUGAAUUUUCUUUCUCUAAAACCACAACAAGACGGCGAAUCAAUCCAACAAAAGUCGGUGAAGUAACCCCGAGUAACAAGAGAAAGCUAGAUACUCAAGAAGAGACUAUACCAAACAAAUUACCAAAACUAGAACAAUCUCCUCUUCCUCAUAUGGAAAGCAUGUUGAAACAACUAGAAAGUAAAUCCAGUCCUCAAACAUUGGAACCAAGAGACUGUUCCAAUAAAAUAACCGCAGUCAACGUUGAAAAUGGUGUCGUGGAAAUAAAUAUAAACUCAAAAGACGUCUCAUUGGGUCCCAUGGAUAAUUUAUUUAUGUUGGAAGAUUUUUCGAAUUAUUUAAAUGUUAGUGACAGGAAAACUGAAGCAAGUUUCCCCAACUUUCAAUUAAAAAACACUUCUACGCCUAACAAACAACCAGAGAAAAAAGAAGAAAAUGCUGGGAAUUCAGUGGAAAAUGAGAUAAAAGAACAUAAAGUGUCUCCUAUUAUUAGUGGUUCUCCAAAAGAAUAUCUAAAGGCUCCGUUGAAACGAGAUAGAACUAGGCGGAUUAGAGUGGGAUUGGUUCAUUUAUCCAGCUAAUAUAUUUGAUUUUUGAGUUUUUUGCAGAGAGAAAGACUUAAUAGAAUUAAUAGAAACAAGAAUUAUUGCGGAGAAAUUGUAUGAUAAGAAUAAUUCGUUAAUAUGUAAUUUUAAGAUCUAUAACUUUGAGUUUAUUGUGAUUUUAAGUUUUGGUUUUGUUUCAAAUUAGUGUUACUGUCUAAUUGCUACCUUUUUGGCCUGAACUUUUCAGAAUUCAGAUGAAAACCUAAUAUCACCAUUGUACGGGAAAUUUGGAAAAGAUACAGCUGACUUGGGAAAACCAAUUUAAACGGGUUGAGAAGGGUGAAACUUUAACCAUUUGUAAUUUUAUUGAAUUUUCAACACCUCGUUUCCCAACUUUGCUUUAUUUUUCCUGAACUGCAGAUAAAAUCUCCUAUGAUGUUUUUUGAAACUUAUCACUGUACUUCAAAGUGUAACAAGUGAUCUACAAUUAAGAAAAAAAAAAAACACUACAGCACUAGAACCCUUCUAAAUUCUUUUUGUCAAAUGUAACUUGGUAUGAUGUGAAAAGUUUCCCUAUUUUAGUUUUUUAACCAUUUUAUCUCCAGUUUAUUGAAAGCUGGAUUGUGGUUGCUAGUGCUUCGCACACAUUUUAAAUUAAGUUUUAACUAUUUUGAGAUCUUUUGAUUAUUCACUCCUAUCAUUUGGAAGAAAUGAGAGCUUAUAGAAAAUCAAGCAAAAACUGGACAAUUUUCUGUUAAAAACAAAAAUGUUUGAAUAAAAUAUGAGACUUUACAAUUAUUAUUGCACUGUAUACAGACAGUAUUGUUUUUUUCGGUUCCAAUGCAGACCAAGGGCGGUUUAAAGGGGGGGGGGGGGGUAGAGGGGGUAAUUACCCCCCCAGACAAAGAUUUUUUUUAAACACUUAAGAAUAAAAUUUCAACAAAAGACAAGUUCUAUAAAGUAAAGCAUAGAAGACAUUGUAUAAAUUGAUAGGCUCACCAGUAUCGACGUACCUACUACUAUACAGUGAAAUAAAAGGUAUUUCAUUUGAAAAAAAAGCUAUGGUUGUUUGAAAUAUCUGGUUUUGUGUACAGUUACAAGUUACAGUAUUGCGAACACCCUAUAGAAUGUUAUCAGAUUUUCAUAGGACCAUGAAGUAAAUGUAAGUAUACACUAACAGCAGCCUGCAAAAAAUUUAGCUUAAGGAUCUCAAAUGAAUGAAAUGUGUUGUUUUUUGUUGAUACAUGCAUUGACACAUGCAAACUGCGAUUUUUUGAAAAAGUUUCAAAUAUUUCAAAAAGUACUUGAAUGUAGAAAUUUUCCUGCAUUCGAAUACAUGAAAUCUGAUUGUUUUUUAUGAAGAUAAAUUAUGCGCAAACUUGUAACGUCACACCGGCUAAACUCCGAAAUGCCAGCCUCCCGUUCGUUCAGUCCUCAGUGAACCGUGCCCUAUACUUUGAGUGGUUGCCAUUCGCUCUAAUGAGAUCGUGGACAUUUGUUUUGAAAAAUUCUUACACGUGUUAAAACUGUACUUCCGAAGCCGGUAUGACGUCACAGCCUAGGCGUUCGUAACUUGUGAUGGGUUCAAAUUUCAAUCCGAUUAUUGGCUUGAUUUCUAUACAGUAAAUAAAUUCAUGAUCAAUAUUAUGCAAUAAAUUAUCAGUCGUGAGCACAGAAAGUGGGACACCCGUUUUUUUCUAUUGUAAAACGGGUUCACCCAGCUAUACCUAAGGCAAUGACAGGAAUUGUCAUAUUUGAUAAAAAAUCCAUUGUAGAGAAAAGACUGAUUUAUGCAAAAUAGACUGAUUUAUGCAAAAUUACAAGACCUGUCAGUCGAGUGUCCCACUUUUUGGGUUAGUGCAAACGCCGAUUUAUUGAAAAAGUUUCAAAUAUUUCAAAAAGGGUCGAGUUUUUAUAGAAAUUUAUAGAUUUGCUCACAGAUGGGCACAUAAUUGACCCAUUAGUAUAGGUAAUUCCUAAGAAAAAGUAUAUAGGAUUGUUAUAACAAUCCAUUAAUGUUCUAAAAUGUAAGGUGUUCCAUUUAAAAUAACAAAGGUCUGUCACAUACCUCAUUUACGGAACACCCUGUGUAUAUUCAAAAAUAUUUUAAACUACUAAUGGAUCUUAGAGUAUUAAACAACUUUGUAAGUUAAUUUUUUUUUCUUGCAUUACCCUGGAAGGAGAUAUCGUCUACUAAGUGAACACCCUGUAUAACUAUUUUGCCGGCAUCGGGCAUUCAGGUGCAAAUUUGGGCGUGGCACCCUUAAAAAAAUUUAGCCUCCGGCGGGAAGCCAUUCGACACUUAAUGAUUUUCCCGUCAUCCAUUUCCCCCCCCCCAGAAAAUCAUCUAUGGACCGCCACUGAUGCAGACAUGUUUAAUCAUUGUUUAAAUCUCCUGAAAUAGAUGUUUUAUUCCUAAGUAUAGUUUGGUACUUCGUCACUGGUAAAAGGAAAUAUUGUGUGAUAUUCAGACCAAUUUUUCUUCUGUUGAAAAAAAAUAAUUUAAUAAAAAAUAAAUGUUUAAUAUGUAAAUAAAAGUGGAACUUAGAGAAUAUUGAAAAUAAUUUGUUUUAAUUUGUAAAAAGAAAUAUGUAAUUAUAUUAGGUAUGACCCAUUAUAGAACUGAACUCAA